AUGAAUGUCAGGUGCCCCGGGCGUAAAUCACAGAACUUUACUCAAGAGUUGAGAGGAUUCAUCGACUUCCAAGUUAAAGUCCUUAGAAAUUCAACUCCAGGACAAAUGGGAGAAGGGUUUCCGUUAAGAGCCAAGACUACUUCUGACCUCAAACCCGACAUGCAGGUAACCCGGGAGACGGUACUUGGUCUAACCGCCACAUACCAUCAGCAUUACCUCACUGCCCUCCAGGCCAGAUCGCUACCUUUACUUUGUAAUUCAAAGGGCAGUGAAACUGGUUUAGUAUAA